CAUCACAGAAACACGUCUUGACCCUCACACUCUCUCUCCACGGACUGAUGCUGAUGUGCUGGAUUAAAACCUCUGGUUUGGGCUCCAUAUGAGGAAAGCAAUCUGGGAAGCUCCUUGUCUCCUCCUCAGUCUGCUGACCAGCUUCAAACUUUGCUGCGGGAAGUUUGGAACGCCGAUUACGGAUGAUGUGAGCAAUCUGUCGCUGCUGGCCCAGAACAUUCCAUCAGAUUAUCAGAUUCCUCUGACUGAGAUUCCCCGCGAAGUGGCCGGCUCGUGCUGGGUGGUCCUCAACGUCUUCCCUUUGGAACAGAGUCUGCAGCGCCUCGCUGGCAUGUUCGGCGAAGCCUCUGAGAACCAAGAGAACAUCCUAGUCUUUGUUGCCAUGUUGAAGAGUUUACGCUUCACACUGGACCAUGAGGACGUUGAAGCCGCGAUGCAGCUCUUCCGGUGUCACUACCAGCAGCGCCACCUGCUGUCCUCCAUCUACUUUGACCGCUUACGGAGCCUUCUGCUAGCAGCUACAGAGGAAACGCCCCAAUUCACCUGCCGGCCGCCACCGUGCAGCCACUCGCAAGGUCCCAAGGCAGGUCAGAACCAAAGCUGGGCCAGCAGAACUCCUGUCCUGCUCUCUUUGGUACCAAUGCUAGCUGUUGUGGUGCUACUGGUGUGGAUGGUGAGGUCCGGACGGAUUCGACUAAGUUGCAGUGCGAACCACGCCAACGCUCCCGACGAUGUUGGUGCCGACAUUUCAAGUGUCUCCUUCUCCACACCUGCUGCCGACUGUGUUUCUCCUCCUGACUGCUGAAAAGGAAAAAAAUAAC